CUCAUGAAAGGAGCGCUCAGUCUCUCCUGCUCCGAGUCGCGUGCGCCUCACGAUGCUGGAAACCAAGUUUUUGUCCCCGACAUGAAUCCGGCCAACGAAACCGAGAGAAGCGCGGACAAUUACAUAUUUGCAGCCGGAACCUACAAACUUCUGGCGUUCACCAUCGGGACCAUUGGAGUCUUCGGCUUCUGCAACAACGUCGUUGUUAUUUUACUCUACUGUAAAUACAAAAGGCUCCGCACGCCCACCAAUUUACUGCUGGUCAACAUAAGCUUUAGUGAUUUUCUGGUUUCCAUCACCGGGAUAAACUUUACAUUCGCCUCGUGCAUUAAAGGCAGGUGGAUAUGGAGCCAGGAUACAUGCGUCUGGGACGGCUUCAGCAACAGCCUGUUUGGCAUCGUCUCCAUCAUGACUCUGGCGGCUCUGGCCUAUGAACGCUACAUCAGGGUGGUCCAUGCCCAGGUGGUGGACUUUCCCUGGGAAUGGCGAGCCAUCGCUCACAUCUGGCUUUACUCGUUGGCCUGGACUGGAGCUCCACUGCUUGGCUGGAACCGCUACACUUUAGAGAUCCACCAGCUGGGCUGUUCCCUGGACUGGGCCUCCAAAAACCCAAAUGAUGCCUCCUUCAUCCUCUUCUUCCUCCUCGCAUGUUUCUUCGUGCCUGUUGGUAUCAUGAUCUACUGCUAUGGUAACAUCCUCUACACAGUGAGAAUGCUGCGUUCUCUCCAAGACCUCCAGACGGUUCAGAUCAUCAAAAUCCUGCGUUAUGAGAAGAAGGUUGCAGCCAUGUUUCUCCUGAUGAUAUCUUGCUUCUUGGUGUGUUGGACGCCGUACGCCGUGGUGUCCAUGAUGGAGGCCUUUGGCAAGAAGACCAUGGUUUCCCCUACGGUGGCCAUCAUCCCCUCAUUCUUCGCCAAAUCCAGCACAGCCUACAACCCGCUAAUCUACGUGUUCAUGAGCAGGAAGUUCCGGCGCUACUUCCUGCAGCUGUUCUGCUCACGCCUCUUCCACAACAUCUCCUGGCUACAGCAAAACCUCAAGGAGCGCCCCCUGGCGCCCACUGAGCGCCCCAUCCGACCCAUCGUCGUAUCCAGCAAGUGCGACACCAGAGACCGACCCAAGAAGAGGGUCACCUUCAACUCCUCCUCCAUCGUCUUCAUCAUCACCAGUGACAACUUCCAGCAAUUUGACGUUACCUCCAAGGCUGGAGAUUCCUCGCGGGCUAAUGUCAUCCAAGUGAGGCCGUUGUGAUCCGCAAGAACUUUACCUCUUACUCAUGCCUCUCACUAUGCCUUAUGACCAAACAUGCAGUUCCAAGCCAAACUUAUUCUGUCUGACCUCCUCUGCUGUUUCUGUGUCUAAAAACAGUUUCAGACUUUUUACAACUCACUGUAAAUACCCAACUAUCCACGCAGGACCUCAUCAACACCUAAACGAUGCACAAAAGCUUCUCAUCUUCAUUUAACAUCAGCUGUGGUGAUAUUAAGUAAGUAAUUGCAUAGAUAAUUAACUAGUUUUAUGUCAUACAGUAGAUGUGACACUGUGUUGAGUAUUUAGAGGGUUGCUAUGGAGCUAUGUUUGGGUCAACUUGUAAUUUAUACCAAUAAAUUUGGGUUGGUACCCAACUGCUGUUUAUAAAGAUUAUAGAAAAGACAAAGCCUUAGUUUCUUAACCAUAAAGACAUCACUGCAUAUUUAUUCAUGAAAGAGACCCUAUUUUAAGCUACUUUGUUUGUGUACCUCUUCUAAUCCCAUGUGACGAGAGCGGACACUGUGAAAAGACAUUUGGUGGAAAUAUGUGUCUGAGGAGUACAGGAGUGUAAUUAGGUAAAAGGAUAUGAGAUCAGGGUGGGACGUGUUCUCAAGCGGGACGGCGUGCACAUAACCUCCUGGGUGUCAGCUAUGAAUAGGCAUAAUGAAUGGAUGUCCAUGUCUAAUAAAAUCUCUUUUCACUGUG